AUGGAUUCCUUUAAAGGUGGCAUGAACUUGGACCGGCUGCCCGAGGGCCUGAGACCGCCGCCCCCGCCGCCUCCGCCGCCCCCGCCGCCGCCGCCGCCGCCGCCGCCGCCUCCGCCGCCCCCGCCGUCCCACGACAUGGCCUCGGGCUUCCAUCUGCCCCGCUCCGCCGCCGACCCCCGGGAGCCGCUCGAGAACUCCGCCAGCGAGUCGUCCGACACGGAGACUCCAGAGAAGGAGCGGAGCGGGGAGGCGAAGAGCGAGGACGGCGGCGCCGAGGACCCGGCCAAGAAGAAGAAGCAGAGGAGACAAAGGACGCACUUCACCAGCCAGCAGCUGCAGGAGCUGGAGGCCACCUUCCAGCGCAACCGCUACCCGGACAUGAGCAUGCGGGAGGAGAUCGCCGUAUGGACCAACCUCACCGAGCCCAGAGUCCGGGUCUGGUUCAAGAACCGGCGGGCCAAGUGGAGGAAGCGGGAACGGAACCAGCAGAUGGACCUAUGCAAGAACGGCUACGUGCCCCAGUUCAGCGGACUCAUGCCGCCCUACGAAGACGUGUACGCCGGGUACCCGUACAACAACUGGGCGGCCAAGAGCCUCACGCCGGCGCCGCUGUCCACCAAGAGCUUCACCUUCUUCAACUCCAUGACCCCGCUGUCCUCGCAGUCCAUGUUCCCGGCGCCCAGCUCCAUCUCGUCCAUGAGCAUGCCCACGGGCAUGGGCCACUCGGCUGUGCCCGGCAUGGCCAACUCGGGGCUCAACAACAUCAACAACCUCAACAACCUCAGCGGCUCCUCGCUCAACUCGGCCAUGUCCAGCCCGGCCUGCCCCUACGGCCCGCCGGGCUCGCCCUACAGCGUCUACCGGGACACGUGUAACUCGAGCUUGGCGAGUUUGCGGCUCAAAUCCAAGCAGCACUCGUCGUUCGGAUACAGCAGCUUGCAGAGCCCCGGUUCCGGCCUCAACGCCUGUCAGUACAACAGCUGA